AUAGAAAGCUAAUGCAGAUUUUGGUUCUGGCAGUGGAGUGCUGCCUAACAAAAACCGAAAAUGGGGGAGUGGCUUUGGAAUGCGGCAGUGGGUGGCAGCUGGAAGGACUUGGAAGGGAGUGCUAGUGAAAGCUUGAAGAGCUUUUAAAAACUGCUUUUAGAACUAGGAUGGUCUUUGAGGAAGCUGUGGGUGAGGGUUUAAAGGAAAGUGAAAAUAAUGUUACUGGAAAUUAGAGGAAAGGGGAUCCUUGUUACGUAGUGACAGGAGGUUUAUUACAACUACUGCUGGCUGUAGUGAGGUGGAAGGUGGAGAACGUACUUAAGGAACUGGGUGAUGUGAUGCAGCUAAGGAGAUUUCUAGGCAGUACCGAAGGUGUUACCUCGUUUCUUCUUGCUGGUUAUAGCAAAGUGUCAGAGGAGAGACAGGAGCUAAAGGAAGCCUCUUAAACAAAGAGGAGCCUAAACUUGCCGGUUUUGACAAUUCUCAGCCAAUUCAGGUGGCACACAGUGGACUUUUCUUUGCAGGAAGUUUUUAAGUUACUAAUUUAAUCUCUUUACUUGUUAUAGGUCUAUUCAGAUAUACACUUGGAAAGAUAGUCGAUAUCAUUAGUCACUAGGGAAAUGCAAAUCAAAACCACAAGGAGAUAACCACUUGGCACCCACUAGAAUGGCUAUAAUCAAAAAGAGAAUACCAAGUUGUUAUCAACUUGGAGAAACUGGAACCCCCAUACAUUGCUGGUGCACGUAUAAAACGGUAGAGGCAGUUUGCAGGACGGUUCGGCAGUUCCUCAAAACGUUCAACGUAGUUACCUAUACGUUCAACGUAUGACCUGGCACUUCUGCCUUUAUGUGUAUACCCGAGAUAUGAAAAGAUAUUUUCACAAAAAACUCGUACACCAAUGAGUGAAUGUUUGAAUGUUUGUAGCAACAUUUCCUGUAAUAGUAAAGAAUAAAAACAGCCCAGUCGCCCGACAAUGAUGAAUGGAUAGAUAAAAGGGUAUAUCCAAACAAUGGAAUAUUAUUUGGCAAUAAAAAGGGACUAAAGUUCAUACACCUGCUGCAAGCUGGAUGAACCUCCAAAACACACUCAGUGAAAGAAGCCAGUCACAAAAGACCAGCUGUUGUAUGAUGUAUGAAAGGUCCGGAAUAGACAAAUCUCUAGAUACAUAAAAACACAUGUAAUGAAGCCAAACACCAAAAUGCUAACACUUUUUCCUGGAGAAAAAAAGGCUAAGAUUUCCUUUACUCAAAGAAUUGCACCUGCAGGCAUUCGGCAGACCAGCAUCGCUUCCUUCUUCACCUUGCAGCCAGGAAGGACAACUGGUGGUGACCAGAGGAAUGUUUCAUCUCCUAUAGAAAGUCAGACCAACAAAGAGUCUAAGAAUGAUGUAACCCAGCUAGACCAUUUGAUCCAGGGCUUAGGGGAUGAUUGCAUGGCACCCCCAUUAGCCACUUCAACCCCUGCAGACACCCAGGAAGCCGGACUUUCUCCACAGCCCCUCCAGGAUUCUGGCCACCACAGAAUGGGAACACCAUUUUUGACUGUGCUGUCUUUGCUCCAGCCUGACACCUUAGUCUGUGCUGGAAAGACUAAAGCCUCUCCAUCUUGUUCCUUCACCAAGAACUUGGAAGGUUCUCGCUCACUGGACCAAAAGGAGGAAGAGAAAGACUCUUCCUGGAAAAGGGAACGGCUUCAUGGAUCUAAGAAAAAGAACUAUCAGGGUGUGGAGAGACCCAUUAAACCACCUCGGGGCAAGGGCCAUGAGCCCUUGGACAAGACGCCAUUAGAAAAGGUGUCUGCAAAAGAAACCAGACAGACCCCGAUCCUCUUUCAAACAUACAGGGAUUCCUGGAAUGGGGAAAACACACACUCAGUGAAACAAAGCCCUUGUCCUAUCCCUCUAUUUUCUUGGGACAGUGAAAAGAAUGACAAGGACUCUUGGAGUCAGCUUUUUACUGAGGAUUCUCAGGGCCAGCGAGUCAUUGCCCACAACUCUAGAGCUCCUUUCCAAGAUGUAACCAACAACCAGAAUCAGGGCUUAGGGCAGUUUUCUAGCAGCCGUUGGGCUCAGUGCCAGGAGACGCCCACUCAGUUAAAUCUGCAGCCUGAUUUGCUCUUUACCCAGGACUCAGAAGGGUCUCACCUGAACACCUGUGUUCUAGCCGAGAUGUUAUCCACCAGGUGGCAGUUUCCCAUGUUGCAGGUACGCUACCUUAAGAGGCUCAAACAGCCCCUAGGGGGCAAGUGUGCAAGCUGUAAGAUGGAACUACUUUAAGAGUUUGGGUAAAAUCCCUACAGAAGGGGACAAGAGGCUCCCUACAGAAGUGUUUUUUUUGUUUUUAUAUAGGCAGGACUUUAUAAGAAAAGAGGGGAAGCCUCUUU